UAAUUGAAUAGCGCCAUCUCUUUGAUCUCUGCAUUUAGCUUAGGAUUCUGUGUUGACGAAUUUUGGCAUUGCAAGUGACAAAGUCCGGGAUUACUUAUGGCAAAUUCACAGGGUAUAGCAAUGGAGAACAUCACCAGGCAACUCCAAGGCAAGGUCUUCAUCCAGAGAGACUACUCAGAAGGCACAGGGGUCAAGUUCCAGACAAAGCUUCCCCAAGAACUCACAGAUCGAAUUGAUCAAGCAAGAUUUGAGUUCACAGUCAACAAACUGAAUGAGUUUUACGCUGAGGCCGAGAGGUUAGGGGCCAGGACGUACUGUGAAAGCUGCCUAGCAUGUUUGACUGCGUACACAGUACUGGUCUGUAUGACUACACAUUAUGACAAGUGUGUUAAAAAAGCAGGUCUGUUCAUUCAGCAGCAGAACGAUGAAAUAUAUGCUCCACGAGGGUUGGUCAUCACAGACCCGUUUACGAGGGGUCUCAGAGUUGUUGAGAUCACAGUGUAUGCGACCGACACAUGAUCACGGCAUGGCCAUGAUGGUUCAUGGUUUAAUAUCUCUUCCUGUGGGAUGAUCGUCGAACAGGGCACAGACUACCAACAUCUCUCGUGUAAAUAGCUUGACCAAGAAAUUUUCAUACACCUUUUUUUAUGUAAAUAUAAAUAUGAAUAUAAAUAUAAAUAUCAGUAAUGUUUGAUCCCAUUUGUGUGAUCUAAUGCUUUCAAUAUUUAUUAAUGCUUCAAAUUGUUAAAACUAUAGUCACUAUAGUUUAAUGGCCAAAUCUGAAUUUCAGUCAAUGUAGGUCAUAUCACCUUCAUGAAUUUUGAAAAUAGAAAAUCGCUUGGUUUCUAGCAUAAUAAUUUGUAUUAGUGACAUUCAUAGUUUUACACCUGUAGAAAAUUUGAAGUUAAUCAUCCUUUUUGUAAAAAGGGGUGGGGGUGGUGUCAUAUCUUUUCAUGAUUACCGGUACUCUCAAUAUUCUAAUAUUCGAAAAUUUUCAAUGUACCUUUUAAACAUGCCAGCUUAAAUAUGAUAGAACUUCAAAGAAAUUGAUUUUUCUGAAUUUCAGAAGGGUGCUCAAUAUAAGCUUUAUUUCAUGUACUCCCACUUUACAAACAAGUAAAGAAAGAUACCAAUAUCUGAUAAAAACAUAUGUUCGCUGAUAUACCAUUAACUUUAAGUGAUGACAUUUUUCAGAUUCAAACUUUCUAGGUAUAUAUCCUGUUACAGUCAUGACUCACUCAUGUUCAUAAUGUUUAGGUAUUUUUGCACUCUACAAUGUAUCGAGUAUGUCAUUGA